CGUCCUAGUUAUCUAGCAUUUCUUUCUUCUCCCUAUUCUCCAAUAUUCCUUCUUUUGUGGACCACGUCUCUUCUUCUUCAUAUACACCCAGUUAUUUCGUCAAUAUCUCGCCGCGACUAUAGAAACACCAGCAAAAAUGGCGACCCGGGCUCCUUUUGUCGUUCCUGCGCUCAAGAAACAUACCGCAACCGUAAUCAUGGCUCAUGGUCUGGGCGACAGCGGUGCUGGAUGGAUGGGCCUUGCUCAGAACUGGCGCCGUAGAGGCUUGUUCGAAGAAGUAACUUUUAUUUUCCCCAAUGCCCCCAUGAUUCCUAUCACAGUGAAUUUUGGUAUGUCAAUGCCUGGAUGGUACGACCUUUCCAAGCUCGGCCGUGAUCUGGAUUUCGAAGAAGCCAUCCGCAGCCAGGACGAACCAGGCAUCCUCCGAUCCCGCGAGUACUUCAACACCCUGAUCAAGGAACAAAUCGACCAGGGAAUCAGUCCUUCGCGCAUAGUUCUAGGUGGAUUCUCCCAAGGAGGCGCGAUGUCUGUGUUUACAGGUGUCACCAACAAGGAAAAACUGGGAGGCGUAUUCGGACUUUCAUGCUACUUGCUUCUGAGCGAUCGCAUCAAGAACCAGAUUCCCGAAGACUGGCCCAACAAGAAGACACCAUUCUUCCUUGCUCAUGGGACCGAUGAUGAUAUUGUGAAGUAUGAGUUUGGAAAGACCUCAUCGAAGUUGCUUCAAGAACUCGGAUUGGAGAAUGUUCAGUUCAACUCUUACCCUGAUCUUGGCCAUUCUGCCGAUCCCCAGGAAAUCGAAGAUCUGGAAAAGUUCCUUCAGCAGGUCAUCCCUGCUGAAGGUGACGGUCAGGCUUCCGCCGGGCUAUGACUCAAUGGUCCCUCCCGGAUUUCGAUCUGGGAGAAGAUGACAUCUAGCAUUGUCUUGGGUAUGGUAUGCUUAUUGAUUGCAAUAUUGUUCUCGAGAUACAAUUUCCGGGAUAGAAGCGACGGUUCAAAGAGAUAG